AAGCAGUCCAAAACCAACAAAAGUGGAAGCCCUUUGAAGUUUGAAGUCCUCCAUUUCUUUGGCUGCGCUGCUCGCACAUCUAACUUAAUUCUUAUCUUUCUUAACGAUGAAUUUACGAAGCCUACCCCAUAUACUCAAUCUAUAUAUAAAUAUAUAUAGCUAGCCAAAGUGAUUCCCAAGUUCUCAUCACUACAAUCUACAAAGCCAUGGGUGUCACCAGCUUUCCACAAGAGUUCACAUGCCCGAUUGCCCCAGCAAGAAUGUUCAAGGCAUUGAUCUUAGACUCCUCCAACCUCAUCCCAAAGCUCUUGCCACAAUUCAUAAAAAGCAUUACUUUAAUCCAAGGAGAUGGAGGAGCCGGAAGCAUUGAACAAGUCAACUUCACUGAAGGUAGCCAAUUUAAACAUGUGAAGCACCGAAUUGAUGAGCUUGAUAAGGGCAAUCUAGUGUGCAAGUACACCAUGAUUGAAGGGGACCCCUUGGGUGACAAGCUUGAAUCUAUUGCUUAUGAGGUCAAGUUUGAGGCCGCCACUGAUGGGGGAUGCAUCUGCAAGAUGACAAGCAAAUACAUCACUAAAGCCGAUUUUGAAAUCAAAGAAGAAGAUAUUAAGGAGGGCAAGGACAGUGCUAUUGGGAUCUACAAAGUUGUGGAAGCCUACCUGUCGGAGAACCCUCAAGUCUACGCUUAAUUAGUUCCCUAAGAUGUUUCGAUUCUAUAUAUACGCCAUACUAGUCGUUCUUUGUUUGCUCUUUAAAUUUUUAUUUUAUUUUUUGUCAUAUGGUUUCCUAGCUAUACACUUUGAUUACUAUAUGCCCUGUUUUGUUGACAGAAAAAGGUAUAUAUGCCCGUUGAGAGCCAAAUUUACAGUUCUGUAGUUUGCAAAUCCUUCUGAUGUCAUUCCUCUCCUUUAUGUCA